AUGGGAGCUAAGGUGUCCAGAGUAACACCAGAAAGAACAUCUGUGGAUCAGGGGCAUUUGAUUGAAGCUUCCCCAAAUGUCCCUUCCUCCAAAGUUGCCCUUCCUGAAAACCAGGCACAGACGUUACCCUUACCAGCUGACUUAACGCUCGAUUUUCCAUUUUUCAAGGACCCCUUGACUGUUGAGUAUUUCCAGGACUCCAAAGUUAUUCUGAUAAUGAGGGGACUCCCUGGAAGUGGGAAGUCUCAUCUGACAAAAGUCAUCACACAGCUAUAUCCACAUGCCACUAUUUGUUCUGCCGAUGAUUACUAUUCUUUAACCGGGAUGUAUGAAUUUGAUCCCAGCCGACUCAAGGAUGCUCAUGCCUACUCUCAAGCUAAAGCAGAUCAAGAAUGUAAUAAAGGGACUUCAGUUGUUAUCAUUGACAAUACAAAUGUUACAAGGUGGGAGAUGAUCCCUUAUGUGAAGAUGGGAAAUGCUUACAAGUAUGUGGUUCUUCUUAUUGAACCAAAAACUCCAUGGUUUAAGGAUGCUGAGGAACUGGCACGUCGAAAUACUCAUAAUGUGUCUGUUGACCUCUUGAAACGCCGCCUUCAUGCUUGGCAGAAAAUGUCCCCUCUCUAUUAUGGAUGGUUUUUGAAUGAAGCUGAUACAUGGCUUCUCAAGAGAGUUGGAGAUGCCUGGCUGGAACGGUGCCUUGAAGUCUCUGAUUUUUUAGAAGACUUCAUGGGUUGGAGUGGUCUGGAAUGCCCAGAAGAUAUGAUGAAAUACUACCAAAGAAUGGAACCCGAGCUACUUCAUUGUACUGCCAUGUUCUCAGGACGUGGGAAAGUUCCUGGUUCUCGAGAGUAUGAAAGGAAGAGUGAAGUAGAGAAUGCUUUGGGACAGGCAUUUCACCUUCAUAUGAUUGGAUUUUUCAUCACCAGCAGGAGCUUUGGAAUCCGAGUGAAGCUGACUGAGGACCAAUUGAAUGUAUGGGCCCAAAAUGAUUUUGAAGAGGAAAUCCCAGCACUACCAACGAGAAGCAAACACACAAGGAGAAACAGUGAUCAAAACCCUGUAGUAUUGGAGCCAAGAGCUUCAUUAAUCAGCGUGCAGCAGUCUCAAGAGGUGAUGGCUCAUAGAAUGCGUCCACUGAAGUCAGAAGGCAGACGGGCUCACAUCACCCUAGCCUUCAAACCGGGUGAGCGGCCCAUGUGCACUGGCUUCGAUGCCAUGAAGGUGGCAGAGUUUGAAGGCCGUGAUUCACAGACUGAUUUGUGCAAAGUCUAUCAAGUGCCUGGAGGGAUUCUUUGUUCUUAUGGCAAGGGCAUUUGGGUGAUCUACCCAGAGAUUCAGUAUGUUGCAAUCAGUCUAUUUGCUGGCUUUUACUGA